GUCGUCAGUGUUCCCUUUUUCUUUCUUCUUUCAAACGUAAGUCGUUUUCAUUACUACAACAGCUCACUCCUGCCGUCGCCGGGGAAGUUACGCCGGCGAAGUUAACUCUUGUCUGGAGAAAACGGUUAUCAUCGAUUUCCGUUUACCAUUUAAGUAUUAUCUUCAUUUUCUGCUAUUGGCCGGAAUUGUAUUCGCUUGGUAGGAAAUGGCUUUGGAGCCGUCUCGCUUUGUGUAGAAACCGAGAACAGUUCUCUCUCUCUCAUCCCCCCUUUAGAAUGAAUCCCUAGCUCGCUGCAUGUUUUCUGUCAAAUACGCUGGUUUUGGUGGUAUCUGUCUCUUCCAUUUUCAACUGCUCGGUGCGUUUGUUCUGCAGAUUGUGUUAGCGAGACGAAACGCACUGAUCGCUGCUCCCGGUUGGUCGGACUGUUCGGAGACGGCGGGUUCUGAAUUUUCCGGCACCUCUCGGCGUUGAUCGUGCUGCAAUUUCCUCGGAAUUGAACAGCAGUGACGUAAGAAGAAUGUCUUCUUCUCAAGGGAUGAACUUUUGGGUGCCAAGAGAUGCUGAUUCUCAACCUAAAGGAGAGAUUGCCAUCACUGGUUUUGAUGACAAUGCUUCAGCGGGAAGAAGCGAACAAAAGCGUGGCCAUCAGUGGGUUACGGAUUUGUGUCGACCGGAACAUUUAGGCAACAAGAGGCUAGCAACUGAAGCUGUCAACAGUAAGCCAGCAUUGAAGAAUGUUCCUACAUGUGGAAGUGCAUUUCCUUGGCCUAACGUCUCCGAAUUCCAGCUGCUUUCGGGCCAACUUGGUGGCCGCGAUUUUGGGUCUGAGGCAUUGGUCAAUGGAAGUGUGGCUGAUCAGAACCAGCCAUCUGUUGGGAAUGGAAGUAUGGAUGUGCGGACGAUGGGAUUUGGUGGGCAGCGUGUUAGAGACUCCUCUAUGGGUUUAUCUUUAACUCACAACAUUGAAGAUCACUUGGGUAGCACCGGUCUUGGUGGACUUAGAAAAGUGAAAGUCAAUCACGUUACUGAUUCGAUUUCGGUAAGCACUACCUUCAAUAAGAGUGAUGGUGGCAGCUCCAUGACUUUGCCCCCUGCUUAUAGUAACUGCAGUGAGAAUGAUGCGUCUGUUGAACGAAUCUUCAGCAAGACAGGUGGAAAUUUCAUUUCACCCAUGGGUCAUUGUGUCAACCAAGGAAAUGGAAACUCCAUGCUGAUGACUUAUGGUUGUAGUAACCAGGAAAGUGAGAACAUUUUGUCUAUGGGACAGCCAUUUAAUAAGUCUGGAACCAGUUUCAACCAAAUGGGCCCGGCAUAUGGAAAGAAAGACAACGCUCGCAUGUCAAUGGCUUCCCUAAAACACGAGGGUUCCAUCUUGAUGAGCCCAAAUCAUGCUAAACCAAACGAGAAUUUCAUCUCCACAGUUCAUUCUAACUGGAAGAGAGAUGAUAAUCUCGUAUCGAUAUAUCCAUCCUAUGGAAACUCCAGCAUCAAAUCAAUGGAUCCAACUCCAGGCAUAGCAGAAUCUGGGAUCCCAUGUCUUGGUCACAACUACAACCACAAUGCUCUUGACAAUGCUGUAUCUUUCGGGGCCUUUUCUGCGACUGAGAUGACUGCCUCUAGUGCUACUGUUGGUGGUGGUUAUGGCAUGUUAAUUCCUGGUCAGAGUUCAGGUCAAACUUCAGCAAAAAUAUUAAGCCAAAAGAAUUUGGAGCCGAGUACAGACAGAGCUGCAGAUGAUGCUCCAAAUGCUAAUUUGACAGGUGAUUCAGCCACCAUGAAUAGAAAGCCCAAAGCCAAGAAGGAUGCUAUGAACAACUUCCCUACCAAUGUCAAGAGUCUGCUAUCGACUGGCAUUCUUGACGGGAUCUCUGUCAAAUAUGUUUCCUGGUCAAGGGAGACAAUUGUUAAGGGAACCAUAAAGGGAACAGGGUAUUUAUGUGGCUGCAAUGAGUGUAACUAUGGCAAGAGUGUAAAUGCCUUUGAGUUUGAGCGUCAUGCUAAUUGCAAGACAAAACAUCCCAACAAUCACAUUUACUUUGACAAUGGGAAGACCAUCUAUGGUGUUGUUCAAGAGUUGAAGAACACUCCUCAGGAGCAGCUCUUUGAUGUGGUCCAGACUGUAACUGGGUCUCAGAUCAAUCAAAAGAAUUUCCUCUCGUGGAAGGGUGUGGACAUAGGAACUCAGAGAAGGAUACCUUUCUACGAUAAGCAUGCGGUGUGUGUGAAGGGUCUCCAUCUUGCCCUUGCUGAAGGGGCAAACAUAUUGGUGGGUGCAAUAUUCUGCCCUUAUAAAGAGCACGCUCGAUGGUUCAGUCUUUGCUCCAGUUUCAAAGAAGUAUUCCACUCUCCUUAUGCUGCUGAGUAA